AGACUUAUUUGGAAGUUUGAGCAGACCCAUAAAGAGGACAAGAAACCUCACCAUGUCUAAGCCAAGGUUGGAGGGCAAGGUGGCCCUUAUCACAGGUGCAGCCGGCGGGAUUGGUGAGGAGGCAGUGAGACUAUUUGCAGAAAAUGGAGCCUUUGUUGUUGCUGCUGACAUUCAAGAUGAAUUGGGUCCUCACGUUGUCGCCUCAAUAGGCUCCGAAAGAGUUAGCUAUUGCCACUGUGAUGUAAGAGAUGAAAACCAAGUUGAGAAAACAGUGAACUACACACUGGACAAAUAUGGCAGCCUAGACAUUUUGUUCAGCAAUGCAGGUGUCAUGGGUCCAAUGACUGGCAUAUUAGACCUUGACAUUCAAGGCUUUGACAACACCAUGGCCACAAACGUUCGCGGUGUUGCUGCAACAAUCAAGCACGCGGCGCGUGCCAUGGUGGCUCGAAAGGUACAUGGUUCAAUCAUAUGCACAACAAGUGUGGCAGCUUCUCUUGGAGGCACAGCUCCACAUGCUUACACAACUUCAAAACAUGCUCUGUUGGGUUUGGUGAGAGGAGCUUGCAGUGAGCUUGGGGCUUAUGGGAUCAGAGUGAAUAGCAUUUCCCCAUUUGGAGUUGCAACCCCUCUUUCAUGUAAAGCUUACAAUUUGCAGCCAAGUGAGGUGGAGGCUAAUAGCUCUGCCAUAGCCAACUUGAAGGGCAUUGUGUUGAAGGCUAGGCAUGUGGCGGAGGCUGCUCUGUUUCUUGCUAGUGAUGAAUCUGUUUAUGUUAGUGGACACAACUUGGUUGUCGAUGGAGGCUUCACGGUGGUUGAUCAUAGUUAUUCGGCCAACUAGAACUGUGGUUUGUUGUCGCUCAAGGAGCCAACUUUUUUAAUGUAUGGUUGGCAUUUUGAUUAUUAUUUUUUGUUGUUGCUUCUUUUCUACAUUAAACAGAGUUUUCUGUUCUAAAGUCAAACUUUGUUAGCAGUAAUUCCCAUGUGCGCUUUCCUUGUAAUCUGCAAUGUGAUCUUUUUUGUAGCUUCCACUUCAUAAAUCCAUCGAUCAUGUCUUUUGUCU